UUCAGUACUCAAUUGUUGUUCCACCACGGCGUACGUGAACGCGGACGAAAUCCGUAGAGUCCAAAGCAAUCAGAAAUCCCAUUUCAAUCGCAGCGUUCAGUGGCCCCCCACGUAAAAGUCAACGGUUUCAAAGUCCUUCGUCAAACGCAUACGCCCAGUGUACUCGAAGUGGAAAGUGUCAUAAAGUAUGCGAUUAUCCUGUAAACAAAGUGUAAAACGCGCCCAGUAAACGCCGAAAACGAAAGGCGAACAGCAAACAACUCCCGGAUUUUACGACUUGAGCAAUCAAACUCGCCUGGUCACUCACCAACUUGAGGACUCCCGGACUGUAGGACUCCAGGAGUGCAGGACUCUUGGAAUUGGCCAGUACACAACUAUAGAAUUGGAUCUGGGCACGUCGUAUAAUGAUUGCGCAAGUGAGAUGACGCCACUGCCGGUGAGAAGGAUACGUUAGGAGCGGCGUCGAACUAUGGGAACAGAGGCAUGGGCGUGUGCGCGGACCUCGGGUCUCAUCGAUGGUGUCGGGCAUUGAGCACCCAGCACAACACCGAGAAAUCGAAGGAGCAGCAGCAGCAAUCCCAGCCCUUGGAGAUCCCAGAGCAGCGUGCUUCCAAGUGUCGAGGAGACAUUGACAGGACAACGACAACGACGAUUCCCGCUAGCAAAACGCUGACGGCAUCGCCAGCGAAAACGGCAGCAUUCACAGUGAAAACGACGAGGAGAAGACGAAGCCGACGAAGGGCAGAAGGCAGCUCCAUCUGCGUUCCCAUCCGGAGGGGUCAAGGGUCAACGCCAACGCCAACGAUACAGGUGCUCCAGUUCGUUUUGGUCUCAUUGCUGGCCCUUCUAGCGAAAAAUGCCCAGGCGCACAAUAUUCCAGAAGACGCCGUGCACAUCACAGCCAUCCUCGGCGAGGGCGUCAUCUUCAACUGCCAUGUGGAGUUCCCCAACGACCAUCCCGUGCCAUAUGUCCUGCAGUGGGACAAGAAGGUGAGCGAAACGGGCUCCGAUCUGCCCAUCUAUAUCUGGUAUGAGAGCUAUCCGGAGCAUAUCGAGGAGGGCUACAAGGGACGCGUGUCCCGCGUAUCGCAGGACUCGCCCUUCGGCUCCGCCUCGCUCAACCUGACCAACAUCCGGGAAUCGGACCAAGGAUGGUACGAGUGCAAGGUCGUCUUCCUCAAUCGGGACCCCAAGCAGCAUAAGAACGGUACAUGGUUCCACUUAGACGUACAUGCACCGCCGCGCUUUAGUGUUACGCCAGAGGAUAUUAUAUACGUUAAUUUAGGUGAUUCAAUUAUACUCAAUUGCCAGGCAGAUGGCACGCCCACGCCGGAAAUACUCUGGUACAAGGAUGCCAAUCCCGUCGAUCCCUCGCCCACGGUGGGCAUCUUCAACGACGGCACCGAGUUGCGGAUCUCUACCAUUCGGCACGAGGACAUCGGAGAGUACACUUGCAUUGCACGCAAUGGUGAGGGACAAGUCUCCCAUACGGCCCGUGUUAUAAUCGCGGGCGGCGCUGUAAUCAUGGUGCCUCCGACCAACCAAACGAAGCUCGAGGGCGAAAAAGUGAUAUUCUCCUGCGAGGCUAAGGCCAUGCCCGGCAACGUCACGGUGCGCUGGUACCGCGAGGGUUCACCCGUCCGGGAAGUGGCCGCCCUGGAGACCAGGGUGACCAUCCGCAAGGACGGCUCGCUCAUCAUCAAUCCCAUCAAGCCGGACGACUCGGGCCAGUAUCUCUGCGAGGUGACCAACGGCAUCGGCGAUCCGCAGAGCGCCUCCGCCUACCUCAGCGUCGAAUAUCCCGCCAAGGUCACCUUCACGCCCACGGUGCAAUACCUGCCGUUUCGCCUAGCCGGCGUUGUUCAGUGCUACAUCAAGUCGAGUCCGCAGCUGCAGUACGUGACCUGGACGAAGGACAAGCGCCUGCUGGAGCCGUACCAGAUGAAGGACAUCGUGGUGAUGGCCAACGGGUCGCUGCUGUUCACGCGGGUCAAUGAGGAACACCAGGGCCAGUACGCCUGCACGCCGUACAAUGCACAGGGCACGGCUGGAGCUUCCGGGGUGAUGGACGUGCUCGUCCGGAAGCCGCCCGCCUUCACCGUAGAGCCGGAGACGCUCUACCAGCGCAAGGUGGGCGACAGCGUAGAGAUGCACUGCGACGCCUUGGAGGCGGAGGGCACGGAGCGACCCACCAUUAAGUGGCAGCGUCAAGAGGGCGAGCAGCUGACCGAGUCACAGCGCAAUCGCAUCAAGAUCUCCGGGGGCAAUAUCACCAUUGAGAAUCUGAGGAGGGAGGACUUUGGCUACUAUCAGUGCGUGGUCUCCAAUGAAGUGGCCACCCUGAUGGCCGUUACCCAGCUGGUAAUCGAGGGCACCCAGCCGCAUGCGCCCUACAAUAUCACGGGCAAGGCCACCGAGUCCUCGAUAACGCUGCAAUGGCUGCCAGGAUACAGUGGCGGAUCGGAAUACAAGCAGGACUAUACGAUCUGGUUCCGGGAGGCGGGCGUCAACGACUGGCAAACGAUUUCCGUGACGCCCUCGGGCAGCACCCAGGUGACCAUCAAUGGCUUGGCCUCCGGAACCACCUACGAGUUCCAGGUGGUGGGCCGUAAUGUCCUGGGCGACGGAAUGAUGAGCAAAGUGAUGACUGUGCGCACACUGGAAGACGCUCCGGCAGCGCCACGUAAUGUCAAGGCUGCAACACAACCGCCCGACUCAUUCUUUCAGCUAAUGCCAGACGAAGCUGGUCCCAAGCCAGGACCGCCGAGGAACGUCUCCGUCACGGAGGUCUCGAACGGAUUCCUCAUCACGUGGCAGUCGCCGCUGGAGCGGGCGCAUAUCGUCAAGUUCUACACCAUCAAGUACCGGACGGACGCGCAAUGGAAGACACUCAACCGGGGACAAAUCCGGCCGGAGGAAACGCAGUAUCUGGUGAAGAACCUGGUGGGCGGAAGGACCUACUACUUCCGCGUGCUGGCCAACUCGGAGAAGUCGUACGAGUCCAGCGACGAGGUGAAGUUCCCUGUGCCGGCACGUGUCAAGCACAAGGCGAUUACCGCCGGCGUCGUUGGGGGCAUCCUGUUUUUUAUUGUUGCGAUCAUUUUAUCGGUUUGUGCCGUAAAAAUUUGCAAUAAACGUAAACGACGAAAACAGGAAAAAGAGUUCAACAUGGUAGCUUGCAGGAUAACGGAUGCUCGUAACAUUGCCGCCAAUAAUCAUCAUUUGCACAAUCGCAGUACGGGCUCAAUUUCCUCUGGUCAAGUGCCUUUAAAAAACAAUACUGAACAUUACCGUGAUUAUGAAAGCGUUUUUAUAGUUCCAGGUCCAUCCUGUCAUAAUCAAAAUCGUACAAACAAACCCGAAUAUCAAGUCUAACCGCCAUUCUCAUUGCCAUACUCCACUGGAUCUGGCCACCUGAUCGCUGCACCAACUGCCACUCCAUCUACAGUUCGCCAAAUCUCGAGGAUGGCGAUGAGGACGACGGGGGCGGCGGACGAAGGCGAUCCGUAAGCCGCAUCCAACGGAGCCUCGAUGGACGCUUUGUGCUGGAUGUGGAGGGCGUCUCGAAACUGGGAUACUCGCAACAGACGCUGGAGUCCGGCAACGUGGAUGUGGUGGACGGUGGUCUCUUCGAGCGGCGGAACAGCAAUGUAUCGCAGAAAUCCUCCAGCGAUGAUGGUGGAUUUCUGUCGCGACGGAACUUCAUCACCGCUCGUGCUUCAUGGCGACGUCCCUUGGUGGCCUCCUCCAGUCAGUUGAGUCUCCAGUCGGCGGCGGACUCGGCCAGGGGCUUUCUUCAGGGUCUGCUGAAGAUCGGGGCCAAGCAGUCUGCAGUGCCUCCCAAUUCGCAAUCCUACUUCGACGAGGCAGUGUCGGGUGCCCGCUACCAGAAUGUCCUGCGUCCCUACACCAGCAGCAAUAAUCUGUAUGGCAAUGCGGAUAGAAGUAGACCACUGCACAUAAAUACGAUUAGUGGCAGUCUGAGUCAGCAACAGCAGCUUUACACUCCCUCGAGGAUCUCCAGGAUAUUUUCCAGUUCCCCCCAGCAACUGCAGCCUCAUCAUCAGCAGCUUUUGCUCUCCAGUGGUGGCAGUGGAGCCUAUCCCACCCACUUCAGCGACCUGAGCACUGUGUAUCCACCCAACUCCGCGGAACGUUCAUCGCACAAUCUGAGCAGCAGAUACAGGUACUACUCCCAGGAGCUGCCUUCAUUGAGAACCAUUCAGGAGGAGACUCGCCGACAGCAGCAGCAAAAGCAGCAUCCGCUGGAGGAUCACUUUGUGCCACUCCAGCUGCCGUCGCCUCCGUCGUGGAGAAGCUACUACCAAUCGCAGGCCAGCUAUCGCCCCCGAACGCGCUGGUAUCCACGUCAUCAUUCCCGCCUCUUUAGUAACCGUCAGCAGCAGCACGAGAUGCUCUCUCCACUGCCGCAACUCAAUCUGAACCUGCGCAACUCCAUGAAUCCGGGCGGCCUGGAGGCCUCUCCGGAAUCCCGUUCCAGUUCUAGUGGUUUUGGUUCGAAGAACACCUCGAAUCACCCGGGCAGCACCAGUGAAUGGCGAUUACUGCCGCCGUACAGAGCACCUCCAUCGCCACCGAAGCAUUCGGGCUACUUUGGAGGUCAGCAGGCGCAGGGACAGACGCCACAUGGUUCUUACUCCUAUCCCAGGGCCACAACGCCACCGUACACGAUGGCCCACUGGCUGGAGAUGAUCUCAAGACUGAACGCGGCAACGGACAGUAAUCUUCCGAAGGCGCCGUGUCCCGUGGAUGUGGGCAGUGUGGAUGGGCACUACGAGUUCGAUCCGGCCACGCCCACACCGAGUGCAUCCAGUAUGCUGCGCGAAGAUCUCAAUCUGCACAUAGAUACCCAUCCCUACCAUCAUCACACGCUGGGUCCCCUCAGUGGGAGUCUGCUGCACAGCCACGCCCCCUACGGAGGGGGGGCCAGAAAGCAACGAUCUCUGCCGGCCCACCUGCCACGCUAUGACAACGUCGAGGUCCGCCUGCAAGCCAUGAGGGAGGAGUUCUAUGCCUACCGCAAACGCCAAGCCAUGCAGCAAAUGGAGAGCGUUUGCUGAGCCACUGAAGCAUUUAAUUGAGCCGCACCCACACCCACGCCCACACAGAGCCAGAUCCAUCCGAGGCAAUCAGACGCGAUAUUGAUAUUGGAUCAGGCCCCCCCCCCCCCCAAUUCACAGAUGAACUUUAAAAGUUUGGCCCCCUGCAAACUCACACCCAGAAAAAUGCAAAACAAAAACAAAAUGAAUGGAGAAAACAAAACACUUAGAAGCCAGAAACAAUUAGUAGAUUUAAACGAGACGAAAGCUGUGUACAUAUAUUUUGGGGCUGGAGAGGAGAGCGCCCAGAGUUUAAGUAUAAUAUUUAACAACUAUAGCAAUUAUAGCAACAUAUUAUUACAAAAUCGAUAAACGUAAAAUUGACAUUUAACGCAAGUAAAUGGAGCAAACAUUGUUUGACGACAUAUGCAAAGAACAAAUUACAAUUACAAUUAACUAUUAUUUACGAGUGUAUUAGAUAUUGAUACUUAACGUAACACAGAUCGAGAUAUGUUAAACAUUGAGCAUUAAACAUUAAACAUUAAUUAACAAUCCACAAGCGUAAGCCUAAAUUAUGUUACAUUACAACUAAACUAAAUUAAUACGGAAUAUGCUAGCUGUUAAGCAAUUUAGUUGUUAACAACUAGAGCAGAGAUGAUCGAAGAGGCGACGACUCAAAAUAAAUGCGCUAAAAGUAAUUAAAACAACAUAUAGAGAAAUUGUUUCAUAAUUAAAUUAUUUAACGACAAAACAAAAACCUACAAAGCAAAUAAAAAGCGAAAGCGAGAUGAAAACAAAUACAGUUUAACGAAAAUUAAAUGAAAUAUAACUGCUGCAUAUAUGUUUACUGUUGACCUACACACGAUAAUUAACUCGAACAAAUAUUUAUUAACCCAAAAGUAAAAACAAAAAACAAAAAAAACACAAACGAAAAAACGAAUGAUAGGAACCCCGAAAACUAAACGUUGAUAGGCUUAUUCUUUCCGGUUUUGACUCACAGCCCAAUAUACUACGUCGAUAAGUACGAUAGAUAGAGAAGAGGAUCCCCAAUCCCAACCGAGAUCAACAAUGAGAAGUAGUUUCCUGGGUUCCCGAGAGCGAUGAUAUUUGGUCUUAGGUUAUAGGUCAGUUGUGUAAGAGACAGCUCCCCGGAUGCAGCUUAGUUUAACUUGAACGAGGCGAGGCGUUUCUGUUUUUUAAGUACUUGUUAACGAUAAACGAUAAUUGAUUAACGAUUAACGAUCACGAUAAACAUGUCUAAAGAUCAAAUUGUACGGAAUGAUGGUUUGACACAACUUGACGCCAAAACACUGCCAGAGCGAGAGAUGCGAGAGAAGACCGCGAGUGUGUAUAACUUGUGUAAAUUACAGAGCAUAUACAGAUAUAAUAUGAUACAGAUAACGAUAACGAUAAUAACGAUUACGAUAACACUAUUCAGGGGACGGUUGGAGAGCGAAACAAAUCAAGAAAUCAACUACGAAUCAACCGACAAAUGAUCUCAAGCAUUUCUUUUUGCCUUCGACUGCAAAAGUCCCACUUUAAUUUCUUUAUAACCACUUUUCACCCCAAAUAUAUGAGCCCGUCUGUCUGCCUGUCAAACGUCUGUCAAUCCUUCAAGCGCCACCCUUAAGUCCUAACCAGAUCAUAUGGGAUUAUCCCAGGGAGUAGGUCUUAAAGCUCGGUGCUUGUUGCAUUUCAAAGCCACAGAGAAAAUCGUACUUAAAUUGAGAUAAACUAGGAUAACAGUUCGUUCUGAGAUGGGAGGAAAACUCGAGUUGUGUUGCAUGUAUUUUGUAAAUGUUGAGGGUAUUCAAGUAAAUAAGUUGUUUUUUGUAAUGCCUAGGACACCCACACUCUGACACGCUCACACAUUGAGAACACUGACACACAUACACGCGAACACAUUAAACGUUUAACUAGAAUGAAAUAAAUUAAUUAAUUAACUGAGCAUUAACGGCAAGCGAACGAAGUGAGAAAAGCGCAAACGAAUAAUUGCGAAAUGACAGCAUAAAUUGAAUUUUAAUUGAGCGAUGUUAGGCGCAGGACUUUAAGGCAAAUAGAUACAUAUAUGAUUAUUUAUACGAGUGCAUGUAUAAUGUAUAUGCGGUACGUAUAUAUGGAUAUAGAUACUGGAUUACACGGCAUGUACAUUAAGUAAGAGGAAUACAUUAAAACUAAGUUAAGUAAAUCUAACGCUUUAGUCUGCCACUUUGAUUUUUGGACAAGGUGCGCCAGUUAACUUUUCGACUCAACUCGACUCGACUCAAAUGAUAUGAAAUGAAAUGAACAAACAUAGGAACUAUCAAAAGAAAACAAAAAAAAAAAAAAAACACAAUUAUAAGAAUGGGAAUCUAUAUUCUUUUGCACCUCCUUCCACUUCGACGACCAUUUCGCAAACAUUUCCCGAAAACACAUCAACUUACCAAACUUUCGCCUCACUUCUCCCUGCCCGCCAACACACACCUUUGACCUUUCACCUUUCACUUCCCACUUUCUAGACCUCUUCCCACUGCAAUUCCAAUUCAGCAUAUAUAAAUCGUACAAGGAUAAAUCAGUUUAGAACGAAAUAUAUUGUAAUUAAUACAGACACACAAUUAUAAAGAGAAAUUAGCAAAAUGAACAAAAUUUUUAAACAAAUAAAACUUACAAAACAAAGCAAAAAAAAAAAAACAAACAAACAAAAAACCAAACAAAAACAAAUAAAAAUACAAAACUUGAAAUUGAUCAAAUAAAACCGU